UCAGCUCACGUUGGUAGCUCGAUCAAUUUGUUACACCAGAUCCUUUUCUCGAUUUGAUUGGAGCAAGUUUAGUACAAGGAACCUGCCACAUCCUCCACGGUAACUUCCGAUUAUCAAGCUUGGAGGGAAUGUGGAAGCAACCUGGUCAUAAGACCUCUCUCAGCGGACGAUCGUGCUCGACAACUCAUCAAAGCAACGACCCCGGCUAUUGAAGUCAACUCUUCAUUUGUUUGCUCCAAUCAACCCCUGUGUCUCACUUUCUUUGUUUCCCUGCCCCGUACUACAAAACCCCCCGAAGCCCCUCAUUUCAUACAACCCGCACUCUCCCGCCCAGAAUGGCCAACAUACCUCCAAACGGCGUUGACUCUGAUGAGGACGUCGAGUUCGAGGAUGUCCCUUUUCAGCCAGCUCAGCCUCAACAACCGUCUACAAAUGGCUCUUCAGACCUGCCAUCUGAACAUGCCGGCCCCGUCUCCACCAACAUACCAUGGGUUCCAACACUUCGCAUCCCGCCUCAGCGCGAGGCACCCUAUGCCUCCGGCUCGAAUGCCGAGGUACAGCUCCGGGGCCGUCUGAGUACUGCGAUCGACCGAAUCAAUUUCCGCCAAAUGAAAGCCCAAAUCGGCAUGGACACGUCAAUCACGGAGCCCGGUUUUAGUCGAUACACCUGCAUCCAGCAAUUGGCCGAUGAUAUCGAGGCUACGGCCGAUAUGCUCUGGGAAUCAGCAACACCCUCCAUCCAAGUCGAAGGCCUGAUCACUCUAGCCGGCAUCCUGGAACGAUCCCUGGGGACAUACCCCUUCGACCCAGAGCCCACCUUAGCAAUCCUCGACAAACUAGAUUACUACUUCAUCGCACUCAUGCAGGGCGAACAUCCACUAUCACACGUACGUCUGCCCGGCGCAGACACUCAUCGACCAUUCGUCACGCAGACGCAAAAGGUCCGUAUUCGCAGCAUCGCCGAGUCUACCCGCACCAAGCUCUUUUCGAUGAUGCCCCAGUCCCAGGAUGAUGAGGAUGAGGACGGGGAGGAAGAAUCUGAUGAUUGGGAGGAGCCAGAGAUGCCGCCGUGGAUGAUGCAAGCGACGCGUAUUUAUGAGCGCGUUUUGAUGCUUCUCGGAGACUAGGGAGAUCCGGAUGAGGCGUGGAGUUGAUUAGAUAGGGGACGAGCUUUGUUUCUUUUUUGUGUGUACGUUUGGCGCUGGUAUGGAGUUUAGGUAGUUGGAAUCGUUCGAGUUGAUUUGAUUUUUGCUGGGGUUGCUUUUAUGGAGUUAUUUAGCACAUCCAUUGGAGCCGUAUAUGAGGAGUUACAAUCACAAGGGCUAAGAAAAGCCUUGGGUAAGAAUCCUCUUGUAAAAAGGAACCGAACGAGGAUCUUAGACUUAUAUCCAUUUGGAUGUCCAUUCGGAUUGAACUUGU